UUUCUCCAUACCGAUCAGUGACGCCGUCCCGAUGUUGUUAUGUCUGGAUGCGGUGAGGGGUCAUCUGGGUCUGCUAUUGGUGGCGAUUUCCAUUUUGAUAGGAUGAAUGCUCGUUGUCAGCGACCAACUGCCUGUAAAGGAUGUCGUAUAUUUUAUUAAUUUCUUAGUGCUUACGGGUAGAAACAGGUCUGAAUCUCCUGCUACUCGUUCAAAGAGUAGACCCUCCGAUGCUUCUGUGCCCGCUCACUUUGAUGAAAGCUCCAAAUAUGACUUAGAAUCUCUACAGAAAGAAAUUGAAUUAAGGAGCGGUCUUCUUAAUUUUGGAUCAGAAGUUUGUUCUGCAUUUGUUUAGUGAUCCGUUUAGUCCAUCUCUGCCAGCAUGGAUGACUUCAUUAAUGAGGGACUCUUGGGCUCUGGUACAUGCAGCGUUGUAUAUAAAAUGCGACACAGAUCAAAGACGGAUCUCGUGAUGGCAGUCAAGUAUAUGCGUCGUUCCUCCACUUGUCAGGAAGAGAAUAAGCGAAUAAUGAUGGACCUGAAUGUUAUAACCAAAAGCUGCGACUGCGUAUACAUUGUCCAAUGUUAUGGAAUAUUUUUCACCACGGGAGAUGUUUGGAUUUGCAUGGAGGUUAUGCCAACCUGUUUGGAUAAGUUAUUGCGAGAUCUCCAUCGACCGUUUCCUGAGAAAGUGCUAGGGAAGAUAACCGUUUCGAUAACAACAGCUUUGGACUAUCUCAAGCGGAGGCACAAUGUGAUGCACAGAGAUGUCAAACCUUCGAAUAUGCUACUGAGCUACCAAGGCGUUGUUAAGUUGUGUGACUUUGGAAUUAGUGGCAAGUUGAAAGAUUCAAUCGCUCGUUCAAGACAGUUAGGUUGCAUCGGAUACAUGGCACCCGAGCGACUCGAAACCCCUACCUAUGAUGUUAGAGCAGAUAUUUGGUCUUUAGGAAUUUCUCUCCUGGAAUUAGCAACUGGAUCAUUUCCCUAUAAGGGCACGGAAUUAGAGUUCGCAAUCAUGAGCAAAAUAAUAUCUGAGCCGGCACCAUCGUUGCCCCAUCACAUUCCAUUCACUUCGGCAUUCCGGUAUUUCGUUGAUUGCUGUUUGAAAAAAGACCCACGGCAACGACCGAAAUAUCGCUCCCUUAUGAGCACCGAAUUUUUCUGCCGUCACAAUGUUGCACCGAUCGAUGUUCUUGAAUGGCUCCGCGGGCUCCCACUAAAGCACCUGCACCAUCCUGACUCCACGAAAUUACUGUCCGUUUCUCCUGCCACUUCUUUGGGUUCUCCUAAUUCCACAUCCACUCUCAGUCCCGAGAUGCCUCGCGCCAUUCGUGGUCUCACACUCGAUGGUUCGUUUGAAUUUGCUUCUACGGAACCAAAAGAUACUCCCAUGACGUCCGGGUUCGGUGUUGCCUUAGUUUCCGCUCCGAAUGGCUGCGCAGUUACCUCUCACAUUCCACUCGUCAGUCCCACUUUUCUGGGUACUCAAACUUGUUCAUCGAACGUUCUCAGUUCAAGUACUUCAAAUUGUCUGACUAGCAAUUCUAAAGCGUUUAUUUCUGGAGGCACUCAACAGCAUGUUCAUGAGUCUCUGGUUCAACAUCCACCGGCGGCAAGGACAAUGGUGAGCACAACGGUCGUCGAUCAAGCUCAUGACCCUUCCUCCCAGACAUCUUCAGGUUACGGUUCUGCUAACUCUGAUGGUUCACCUGGUUCCUUCACUAGUGGCAGUCGACCCUCAAGUGCAUCGCAGAUGUCCGACGUUAGCACGUCGGAUUGUUGCCCCAUGUCUCAUCGGCCCCCUCUUUGUUCACCGUUGAAUGGCACAUUACUCAGGUACCCGGUGGCAGCAAAUCGGACUCAGCUCCUAAACACCUCGGAGGCGGUUCGAGUCAUUGAUCACCAUUCUAACCCGAGUCUCGAUCACUGGAGUGCAUCUGCGUCUUCUUCCCGCACUACGACGAAUCGUGUAGCUAAUCAUUAUGCAAACGAUCAUCGUCGGACUGCUGCUGGUACUGUCGGCCCGCUCAUCAGGAAAUUUGAGCCUGAGGGGACUCGUUCACAUAAAACGACAGUUAAAGAUCGAAGUUGCACACCUCCGGUAAGAGCCAGAAAUAAAGUCGAUGCGAACCUUGUCAGCUGUUCAGGUGGUGCUGACCACCUUCCGCGCCAAGUACGAUCCCCAGCCACAUUUCAGAACCGUUCGGCGUCCGUUGGAGCUCAGUUACAACGUGUCUGUGCGCAACGGUGGCCCAGCAGACCCACGCUGAAAAACCGGAUUCCGGUGUCUGAUUCGCGCCAAACUUUUGUUUCGGAUACGCGUUUAGGGGCAACCAAUGACUAUGAAAAGUUUGCUGCAGCGCCCGCCCAACCUUACUCCCAGCGUUCAUGCUACUCCCGCCUACCACAGGCUCAAUCAACUCUUGACUGCCGAACUCCUAGUCAAAUUCGCUGUGUCGCAUUUGGCGGCUCUAAUUCCCCACUCCUUGAUGAUCGUUGUCUUGAAGUACCGAUUCUUCCUCCAUUGUUUCCUCACGGUAAUCGUUUGACUCAACGUUUAUUUACUCAUCCGCUACCUCGACAAUCAAACACUUCUCGUCCUCAUCGCUGUAGUUCGAGCAACAGUAACGAUCCGACUUCUGGUAUCAAUUCGCAUCCAUCUGUCAUAAUGGCCGAGUCCCUCGCUAAAGUUCGUUUGAACGAUAACCCCGUUUCAUCCCAUUCCCCUCAUUCCCCCAGCUCAGGAUCGAGCAACUCGCGAAAUAUGUCAGUUAGCACUCAUCCAAGGGAUCAGCACAACCGACUGAACCGACGACCGCCUUUUGAGACAGAAUUGUGAUGAUAUGCGUUGUACCUUUCUUAUGCAUUUCAUUUCACCGAUUUCUAGGACCCGUUCGCUUUCAUGUAAGUGCCUCCAUUUGCGGUUAUUUUUAAAUAGAUUUUUCUUUCAUUCUGCAACACCAUCCACUAAGCUCAUUUCUUUCGUUGCCUUUUAUUGGUUUUGAGCAAUGCAAAAUAUGAGCCCUUUCAGAUUGUACAUACUAUUCCAGUUGCACCCCGUCUAGGCUGCUUUAUCAUUUUGUUUUCUUCCUCUGCAGAUAUUUCUCUUUCCCCUUGUUUCGUGCACAGAUCUCAUUCAAAUUCAUGUGAUUUUUCGCCCUUAUUUGUCAUUUUUACUGCUCUUCGUUCACACGCACAACUUUCAUCCAUCUCUUUUGUGUCUGGUUAGCAUAUCCCCGCCGCUCUCACUGUGGUUGGCAACAGAAUUUUUGCUAAUAACCAUUUUCAGCUGACUGACCGCAUGCUUUUACUUUCUUCCUUUCGUUAUUACUAGUUUUAAAUGUUCCUCAGCUGUAUUCGCUUCGUCUUACACGAAUAUACCUCACACAGACCGAUUCGGCGAUCGUGUCACGUAUUUUAAUUCGUGUAUUGUAUUUAAAUACAGCGCCCAUUCGGUCGAGCUCCUGCGCUUGGCUGUGCAACGUCAAUACACAUAUCUUAAUCUCUG